AUGGGAUACACGGAACACGCCGCAGGCAAAGCCCAGCACGGCGGCUUCCUGGUGGCUGUGAAGCAGGAGAAGGGCGAGGGCGCCCGGGCGAGCGGCGAGAAGGCGCCGGGCGAGGAGGAGCCGGUGAAGAAGAGGGGCUGGCCCAAGGGCAAGAAAAGGAAGAAGAUCCUUCCCAAUGGCCCCAAAGCCCCUGUGACCGGCUACGUCCGAUUCCUGAACGAGCGGCGCGAGCAGAUCCGCAUGCAGCACCCGGACCUGCCCUUCCCGGAGAUCACCAAGAUGCUGGGGGCUGAGUGGAGCAAACUGCAGCUCUCGGAGAAACAGCGGUACCUGGAUGAAGCGGAGCGGGAGAAGCAGCAGUACAUGAAGGAGCUGCGGGAAUACCAGCAAUCGGAGGCCUACAAGAUGUGCACGGAGAAGAUCCAGGAGAAGAAGAUCAAAAAAGAGGAUGCUACCGCGGCAGCGGUGAACACGCUGCUGAACGGGCACCCACACAAGGCUGGUGAGUGCAGCGACACCUUCUCCACCUUCGAUGUCCCCAUCUUCACGGAGGAGUUUCUGGACCAGAAUAAAGCGCGGGAGGCCGAGCUGCGGCGCCUGCGCAAGAUGAACACGGAGUUCGAGGAGCAGAAUGCCAUCCUGCAGAAGCACACGGAGAGCAUGAACUGCGCCAAGGAGAAGCUGGAGCAGGAGCUGGCCCAAGAGGAGCGGCAGACGCUGGCCCUGCAGCAGCAGCUCCAGUCCGUGCGGCAGGCGCUCGCCACCAGCUUCGCCUCCCUCCCUAUCCCCGGCACCGGGGAGACCCCCACACUGAGCACCCUGGAUUUCUACAUGGCCAAAUUGCACAGCGCCAUCGAGAGCAACCCGCUGCAGCACGAGAAGCUGGUGGUUCGCAUCAAGGAGAUCCUGUCUCGGAUAGCCAGCGAGCACUUGUGAAGAGGACCAGCCCUUCCCGGAGCCUGGGGCCGGCCGGACCACGGCCCUGUCCCUUGGAGCUCCCACGAGGGACAGUCUCCGCAGGGGGUCCGGCUGCCUCCCCGGCCCCCCG